CCGGGCUCAGCUGAUGCCUCACUUCACGUGACGCUGGCUCUGGGCGAACAUGGCGGCGGCCACUGGACCCUCGUUCUGGCUGGGGAAUGAGACCCUGAAGGUGCCCCUGGCGCUCUUCGCCCUGAACAGGCAACGCCUGUGUGAGCGGCUGCGCAAGAACCCGGCUGUGCAGGCCGGCGCUGUCGUGCUGCUGCAGGGCGGGGAGGACACCCAGCGCUACUGCACUGACACGGGCAUCCUCUUCCGCCAGGAGUCUUUCUUUCACUGGGCAUUCGGCGUCACCGAUCCAGGCUGCUACGGCACGAUCAAUGUCGGCACUGGGAAGUCGACCCUGUUUGUGCCCAGGCUUCCUGCCAGCUAUGCCACCUGGAUGGGAAAGAUCCACUCCAAGGAAUACUUCAAGGAGAAGUAUGCUGUCGAUGACGUCCAGUAUACAGAUGAGAUCGCCAGCGUCCUGACGUCACAGAACCCCUCUGUCCUCCUCACUUUGCGUGGCGUCAACACGGACAGCGGCAGUGUGUGCCGGGAGGCCUCCUUCGAGGGCAUCAGCAAGUUUAACGUCAAUAAUACCAUUCUUCAUCCAGAAAUUGUGGAGUGCCGGGUCUUUAAGACGGACAUGGAGCUGGAGGUUUUGCGUUACACCAAUAGAAUCUCCAGCGAGGCCCACCGGGAGGUAAUGAAGGCCGUAAAAGUGGGAAUGAAGGAAUAUGAGAUGGAGAGCCUCUUCGAGCACUACUGCUACUCCCGGGGCGGCAUGCGCCACAGCUCCUACACCUGCAUCUGCGGCAGUGGUGAGAAUUCGGCAGUGCUGCACUACGGACACGCUGGGGCCCCCAACGACCGGACCAUCCAGGAUGGCGACAUGUGCCUGUUCGACAUGGGUGGAGAGUAUUACUGUUUCUCCUCUGACAUCACAUGCUCCUUCCCGGCCAACGGCAAGUUCACCGCAGACCAGAAGGCCAUCUAUGAGGCGGUGCUGCGGAGCUGCCGAGCCGUCAUGAGCGCCAUGAAGCCAGGGGUCUGGUGGCCUGACAUGCACCGCCUGGCCGACCGCAUCCACCUGGAGGAGCUGGCGCGCAUCGGCCUCCUGAGCGGCAGCAUUGACGCCAUGGUCCAGGCCCACCUGGGAGCCGUGUUCAUGCCUCACGGGCUCGGCCACUUCCUGGGCAUUGAUGUGCACGAUGUGGGAGGCUAUCCCAAGGGUGUGGAGCGCAUCGAUGAGCCCGGUCUGCGGAGCCUGCGCACCACACGGCACCUGGAGCCCGGCAUGGUGCUCACCGUGGAGCCGGGCAUUUACUUCAUCGACCACCUCCUGGAUGAGGCCCUGGCUGACCCGGCCCGCGCCUGCUUCUUCAACCGCGAGGUCCUGCAGCGCUUCCGGGGAUUUGGCGGGGUCCGGAUCGAGGAGGAUGUUGUGGUGACCGCCAGCGGCAUGGAACUGCUGACCUGUGUGCCCCGCACGGUGGAGGAGAUUGAAGCGUGCAUGGCAGGCAGGGACAAGGCCUUCACUCCCUUCUCUAGCCCCAAGUAGAGCCAGUGGGGAGUGCCCAGUGGGACCAGGGACCCAGCCUGCCACCUGUCUUCACAACUGGCCCUCGAGCGGCGAGAGAGGGGUGCUCAGAAAUCCCAUGGCUGCGUCCGUGUUUGAGCGUGCUGUUUCCUUGGGGGAGUGGGACUCUUUCUUAAUGCUCUGCAAGAUCACACUUUGCUUGAAUGACGGUGGCUUUUAAAGUGCUAAUGGAAAAGAAUUCUGCUCUUUAGCAGCAACUAAGAUGUGUCUUGCUGUCAUUUGUAUUCUUCUGCUCAGGGAAGAUUCAUUUCCAAUGUUUUCUCUCAAAAAUCAAAUGCACAGAGUAGAACCUGCAAUAAAAACUUUCCAAAAAUG